CCAUGCUCUAGGCUUCAGCGAAGGGGACUUGGACGAAAGCAGUCACAGAAAAUGAAGUAACCAUCAAGACCCCGAAAAUACACAAGACAAAAAAUUACUAUAAAAAACACCGAAAGACUAGACGCACAUCUUCCCUCAGCGGUAUACUGUUUGGCAGGCCAAGCGGAUCGGAAUUGUGAAAGUGUGUAAACACAUCACCAGUGCUGACGAAGUUCACAACUGGAUUCAACAUCCCUGUGCCGGCAGUGUUGGAAUCGGCAUGGAAUCUGCAGAUAAAAACGAUGAGCAAAUGAACAAUGAGCAACCUGGGCCCUCCCAAAGCUCUCUGCCUUUAGAGACUGUUGAUGAAAGCCAGGAUGCUUCACUCUCCCAGGACUCUGGUGACAAACCGUCAAGUACACUGAAUCUGUACGCUGCUCUUGGGCUGUCUCCUGAGGAUGUGGUCGCUCUGGCACAGAUCCCAGAAAGUGAGAUAAGCAUAGAAACCUUACCACACCUUAUUAUGCAGCUGAAGGCCAAGCAGGCUCAGUGUGGUGGGCCGACAGUGACCUCUCCACCAAAAGAGGAAUUGCCCAAUGACCAAGAGGCUGACAGCACUGAUGGUCUACCCCAGAAAUCAACAAGCAAAAAUGAGAGCCCGGAGCGGUUGGGGCAUGUACGGAGCAGGAGGGAGCCUCGUCAUUACAAGUCUUCCAAUGAGGGCAGUCCGCCAAAGUUUCCCAUGUCUUAUAUGACGGGUGAUUUUCACGGAGUUCUGCCAAGAAUUUUUCCACACACAUGUUCUCUGUGCCAUUGCAUAUUGUACUCUCCUGCGACAUGGAAAGACCAUCUCAAUGGAUCCCGCCAUGAGAAAAGCAGACGCGAAUUCUUGCGAACACAUCCAGACUGGGACCCAAAUGAUGCUCCUUGUAGAACGCUAGACUCCCAUUCCGGUGGAGGGAAGGACUUCAGAUCAUCCUCAUCGCGUAGGAGACCAUACCCCACAGAUGGUGGCCCAGGAGAGCGGCACUUCCCUCCAUCUGACAGACACCUCCAUCUUAAGCCCAAGGCUGGUACAAAAGUGGUCGUGACCAAGUUUCAUCGAGGUGUUGGUCUGGAGGAUUUGCUUGAGCUGGCCAAGCCAUUUGGCACAGUGGUUAAACAUCUGGUUUUCCCCUGCAAGGGUUUCCUGGAAUUUAGCUCAAACAAAGAAGCAGUCAAUAUGGUGUCUCAUUAUGCUACUAAACCGCCUUAUGUGAAGGAUAACAAGUUGGCCCUGUACUUGUCUCCAAUGGUUGCGAGUAUCCAUACACCAAGGUUGGAUAAAGCCGAGAAGCGCCCAAAAUGGUCCAGUCAUGGAGCCGUGUGUUUCUCACACCUUCCCCCUGAUAAAGAAAGUGAGCCGGAACUCCUUGAGGUUGCCAAGAUGUUUGGGGAAGUGCGAUGCUCUAAAGUUUAUAACAAUGAGGUCUUUAUUGAAAUGGAAGAUUGGAAUGAUGCUGAAAUCAUGGUGAAGUACUAUCAUACCAAUCCGCUCAAGAUUUUUGGGAAGAACAUCAGGGUCAGCAUGUCAUCCUCUUACAAGCAUCUAAGAUUAAGUCCUGACUCAUCCAGAAAAGGAGAUUCAAGCAGAAGUUCCAGCAGUUUGCCCAAGAGCAAGGGAGCCUCCAGAAGCUCACAUGUCAAAAGCAAAGAAGAAACGUCCUUGCAGAAAGAAUUGACUGAGGAAAAAAAUGAUGAUGUGAGAGAUGAGAGGGCCCUGGAGGAACAUGAGCACAUGGACGUGAGUUUAGACAGUGGUGCCGAAGAUGAACAAGGCAUGAAGGUAGAAGAUGACCAGGUCAAUUCGGAAGAGGAUUUGGGGCAAGGUGAUGCAGUAGAUGAACAGAUUCUCAAAGAGCCCUUAGUGGAGACUAGUGCUAGUGCUAAUGCUAAAGGCUCGGAGGGCUUGGAUGUGGAAAUUGAUCAGAACUUGGAGAUCAUCACACUUGAAGAAAAAACACCAAUGAAUGCAGAAGAAAACACAGAUGAGGUCUCAACUUCUCCAGUUCCAGCCGAAGAACAAAAUCCUGAGGUUAAAAUGGAGGAAACAAAGGACAUAACGGAAGAAGAAAAUGAUGAAGAUGAUAUGGAUUUCCCAGAUAACAUGGACGAUUUUGUUACUUUGGAUGAGCUUGAUGAUGCUGGAGAGAAAUGUGAUUCAGAGGAGUCUUCCAAGGGAGGAAAAGUCGUUGCAGUGUGGCCCAUCAGAAAGGGAUACGGAUUGGAAGAUGCGCUUGUCAAACUUGCAGAACCUUUUGGGAGAGUCAAAGAUCAUGCAAUAUCUUUUAUAAAACAAGAGGCAUUGUUGGAGCUGGAAAGUCAUGAAGCAGCAGAUAGAAUGGCUAAAUUCUAUCGAGGAAGCAAAAAAGCACAGCUCUUUGGAAGACAUGUGUCUGUUAGUAUGUGUCUCACGUUGCAACAGUUAGAGGGUCCAAGUGGAAGAUCAAUCUAUAUCGGCAUGCUUCCACUGCAGAAGUACUCUGAUAUCUCCCUCUUGAGGCUUGCUCAACCUUUUGGAAAAAUUAGUGCCUAUCACUUAAACUGGCGUCAUAGAAAGUGUUAUCUCCAAAUGGAGAGUGUGGAAGCAGCAGAGAAAAUGCUUGAGACUUACAUGCAGAGGCCUCCUAAGUUUUAUGGCUCAAUUUUACGGAUUAGUUUGUGCAGGAAAGGAGAUUCCCAGAUACCUUGGAAAGUGCCUGUUAAGUAUGAGCUGUGGUGUGCGCAGCAGAAGAUGAGAAAAGACCGAAAGGACAAACUGGAGGCGGAGGCGGAGGCACAGGCAGUGGAUGACCAGGCGGCAGAAAGCCCUGCUGUAAAGAAGAGCACCAGCGAGGAAGGUGCCCAGAGUACUGUCUCAGACAGUGAGGGAGCUGUCAGUGGCUCUGACAGAACAGAUGGGCAGAACAAAGAGGAGGAAGUGGAACAAAGAUCUGAUGAGGUCCCAGUCCCUCUGGGGCCAUACAAACCCAACAAUCCAGUAGGGAUAGACUACAUUGUCCAAAGAACUGGUUUCUUCUGCAAGCUCUGUAAGGUCUUCUACACCAAUGAAAAAACAGCUAAAUCUCUCCACUGCAGCAGCCUGGCGCAUUAUCAGAAACUAAAGAUGACGCUGGCAGAAGAUCAUCCAAAUGAAUGAGUUUUCCCAUUUGUGCAGCUGGAGGAUCUCUUUGUCAAAUGAAAUGAGUCUCUGUUCUGUUUAAAAUUUAAACAUUCCAGUCUUUAUCUUGUUCACAGUGAUUUCACUUAAUAGGAAAUAUGCUUUGUAGGUUUUUUGUUUACGGCAGUACUCGAGUGUGCGUGUGCGCACAUACGUAUGUGAGUUCAUACAUUGCAGCUGCUUGUCAAAUAAACAUUUAUCUGAA